GUCGUCCACAGCUCGUCAUAUCGGGCGCCUCUCCCGGGGAACACCUACCGAUCCCGCACCUGGGGACGUUUGCCGCCAUGCUCGCGGGCAAGCUUCCGAGGCUGUCGACGAUCACCAUUGAAGACGCGGAGUGGGCCAUCGGCUCGGUUCGAAUGGAGGACAUCGGCUGCCUAGCUACGUUCAGUUCCGUUCGCGAUCUACACGUCGUCAAUGUCACCUUGACGAACGUUGCCCAGCUCUCCCGCCUCGUCUCAGCACUCCCGCAGCUUAGGGCCUUAUGGUGCUACAAUAUUGACUGCGUGCAGAAACAGCAAGUCUCCCCGGCCGCCCUCCCACUGAACUGCGCGACUCUGAAUGAUCUCGAUGUGCGAUGGGUUGCACCAGCGGUCGAAGACCUCUUCGUGCAGAUCAGCCGCGCUUCUCGACAGAAGCCAGACUUUGCUGGACGCGAGUUCCACAUCUGA